GGAGUUACUGUGCAAAUACUCCAUUUAUAUCAUCCAUGUGUAUUACCACACGAGUAUAGCCCUUUAGAAUGGAUCCACCGGAUAAUGAAGACGAAGGAGUUGGAGAUGAAGAACUGGUGGAAGUCGUAGAUGCAGAAGACGAAGGUUUUGAAGAUGAUGGAGGCGAAGAUGAUUUGGCAUUUGGAAUGGAAGAGAUUGAUAUUGCUGAUAAUGACAGUGGUGAAGGUGACGCAGAUGUGGAAAUAGUGGAUAAUUCAGUUGUUACCUUUGCCAAACAUACUGCAUCUGUGUUCUCAGUGUCCAUUGAUCCUGAGAACAGCUCUCUUGUGGCAUCUGGUGGUGAAGAUGACAAGGCUUAUGUAUGGAAAAUAGCUGAUGGAGAACUAGCAUUUGAAUGUAAAGGUCAUAAAGAUUCAGUGACAUGUACUGCCUUCAGUCAUGACUCUAAGUUUGUCUGUACUGGUGAUAUGAGUGGUGUUAUCAAGGUGUGGGAUACCCAGAGUGGUCAGGAAGUGUGGAACUUUGAAACUGGUGGAGAUCUUGAAUGGUUAGAAUGGCACCAGUUGGCUCAUGUUCUUUUGGCUGGUACAGCUGAUGGUGAUGUGUGGAUGUGGAAGAUACCAAGUGGUGACACCAAAACAUUCCAGAACCAUGGAUGUCGAACAAGUUGUGGACUAUUCAUGAACGAUGGAACAAGAGCUAGUGUUGGCUAUGCUGAUGGGACAAUCAAAGUUUGGGAUUUAAAAAAGGGAACACCAAUUUUCCAUUUAUCAGAUAGUACAUGCCAUAAAGGAACUGUAACCUGCAUGGCUGCCCAUAAUUGUGAUGUUCUUCUUGCAACAGGAGCUGAGGACUCAUUCUGUAAACUUAUUAAUUCUAAUACUGGCAAGGUGCUUGCAACACUUAAUGCAGGAUUUCCAGAACCACAAGAAGAGAAUCCACCAUCCAUUGAAGCUGUUUCGUUUUCAAAUACCCUUCCAUUACUUGCUACUGGAUCAUUAAGCGGUGUGAUGGCAUUCUGGGAUGUUCCAACUCACAGACUCCGACAACAAUGUAAACAUCCAGCUACUGUAGUUAGUCUUAAAUGGGACCCAACAAAUCCUGUCAUUUAUUCCUGUUGUUUGGAUGGUAUUGUACGCAUGUGGGAUAGUAGGUCAGGGAGUUGUGAAAGAGAAUGGCAAGGACAUAAUACUGAGGUUCUUGACCUAGCAGUAUCAAGAGAUGGAAAUAAACUAGUCACAGGAUCAGGAGAUUCCACUGCUAAAGUUUUUAAUGUACAAGUGCCUGCAAGAUGAUAAUCCAACUGUGCAAACCAAUCAUAUCAAGCUUAUAACUUGUCAGUCAUGCACAUGACACACCCUUAUUUUCUUUGCUGGCUUGAAGGCUAUGUUAUACUAAACACUCCUUGCAAUAUGCAAAACUAUUGCAUGUCAAUUUGCAGGUCAAGUGUUGCAUGAAAUGAGAAAUGAAAGCAAUGCUAGCAGUGCAAGCUUCAAGAGUAAAGCACAAGAUUGUCCAAUACCGUGACAUCAACAUUUUGAGUUGCAAAGAAAAUUUGGGAUGUCCGACUACCUGCAAUAUAUGCGAUGAUUUCUCAGUCCUCAUCACCUUCCAAGUUCGAGAAAAAUUGCCUUGUCUUUCAGUAUGGGAAAUUCGAAAUAUCACAAAUAAUGUAACAGAAACAUCACCAUUCUUUUAAAUUUUUAAUGAUUCCUGCUCUAGAAAACACACACAAGGUGACUAUUUAAUUUUGCCAUAAAACUAAAAAGAAAUUUGUAAUGUAGAAGUGUCUAGAUUAUUUGUUUUAUUGUAUAAUCAUAUUUUCAAAGUUAAAAUAAAUAAUAAAUAUGCUAAAUCAUAGUCAAUAAUAAAUGAAAAUAACCAGAUAGUUUGUUUUAUUUCAUUAUGCCGGGAUAACUGGUAAUAGAAAGAGUAAGGAUUUCAACAUGACAAAAAAGGGAUAUUCAGAUAUCCAAAGGCUAUUGCUUAUGAUUAUGUAAUCCAUACCUCGUUAUAUUAUACAUUAUGGAUAUAAAAAGUGAUGUAUCUUAAA